UAUCAACCAUUGAAGCAGCAAUGCCUGAACCAGCGAAGCCAGCGCCUAAGAAGGGAUCCAAGAAAGCCGUAACCAAGACGGCUGCAAAGGGAGGCAAGAAGCGCAGAAAGACCAGGAAGGAGAGCUAUGCCAUCUACGUGUACAAGGUGUUGAAGCAGGUCCACCCCGAUACCGGUAUCUCCUCUAAGGCGAUGGGCAUCAUGAACUCUUUCGUGAACGACAUCUUCGAGCGCAUCGCUGGGGAGUCUUCCCGCCUGGCUCACUACAACAAGAGGUCCACCAUCACCUCCAGGGAGAUCCAGACCGCAGUGCGUCUGCUUCUGCCCGGUGAGCUGGCCAAGCACGCCGUGUCCGAGGGAACCAAGGCGGUCACCAAGUACACCAGCUCCAAGUAAAAUUGACCCUUAAUUGACAACCAACGGCUCUUUUAAGAGCCACCCACGUUCUCUGUUAAAAGCUUCCCAUCUGCCAAUGAUAUGUUUUAAUCGGAUGUCUCCAAGGGAGUGAACAUAUACAUCUUAAGGAUUCACUACCGCAUGGUCGACUUCGUUCAGUGUGACCGAUUGUUGGUACACUACAUAUAUAUCUUUACUGUGUGAUGUCAAGCUUGGCCAAUAGAAAUCUAGAGCGACGAAUGUGUACUACAUGAUCCUCAUCACUGUUGAGCAUACAUGUCUUAAGACAACAUGGCGUAACACUAUAGUGAGAAACAACCUAUUACUUAUGACGAUUCAUCUCUGUUAAAUUGUUCGAAUCUAUUUUUGUGUGUCAGUUAACCUGCAUAUGUUUCCAUGAGAUUACUUUGUCUAACGUGAGCACUACAUUUCCCUCGGGAUAAAUAAAGUGUCCAUCCACUAAUAGUGUGCUUGAAUA